AGGAGCGGGGGGAAGAUGGCGGCGCUGGCGCCGGAGCUGCUGGUGCAGCUGGACCCGGGGAGGUUCCGGGCUGACAAUUUGCUGGGGGCCGAGGAUUGGGAUGACGCCCUUUACGGUUGCCUUGACGACCGCCUUGACCCCGCCCACCUCUUCCCCUCCCUGGAGCCCGACCCCUUGGUAAGCCACGCCCACUUCGUUCAAACCCCGCCCGUUUUGGGGGGCGUGGUUUCGAGGCCACGCCCACCCCGGGGGGAGGGGUCCCCCAAAAUCCGCCCGUUCCCCUCCCCCAGCUCGAUCCCCGACCCCCCCUGGCACCCGGAGCCCCCCCGGGCCUGCCCCGAUCUGCAGGUGAAAUCGGAGCCGGACUCGCCGACCUCCUCCCACUGCUCCGACUCCUCCUGCGCCUCCGAGCCCCCGAUUUGGGUGAAAUCGGAGCCGGACUCGCCGACCUCCUCCCACUGCUCCGACUCCUCCUGCGCCUCCGAGCCCCCGAUUUGGGCCCCCAGCCCCCCCGAGAUGGGGGUGAAGCCGGAGCCCCCUCCCCCCCUGCCCUGCGUGCGCGCGGCGCGGCGGCAGCAGCGCAUGAUCAAGAACCGCGAGUCGGCGAGCGCGUCGCGGCGCCGGCGCAAGGAAUACCUGCAGGGGCUGGAGCGGCGGCUGCACCUGGCGCUGGCCGAGAACGACCGGCUCAGGAGGGACAACGGGGCCCUCAGGAGGAGACUGCAGGAGCUGCUGGGACAGCCCGCCCCUCCCCCCCCCGUACCUGGCAGCCGGAAGUUGGCGUGUGUGGGGGCGCUGCUGCUGCUGCUGGCCUUUCACCUGAGCCCAACCAGCCUCCCCCGGCCCGGAGCCCCUCCCCCACCCGGGGGGAGGGGCCGGCGCCACCUGUUGGGGGUGCAGGAGUCGGGGACCCCUCCCCCACCCCGCUUUGGGGAGGAGCCCCCGGCGCGGGGGGCGUGGCCGAGGGCAGGGGAGGGGUUCAGGAACUCCUCGCUGGCCUCGAUGUCCCCCUGGGACCCCCAAAAGCCCCGGGGGACCCCCGAGUGUCUCCGCUUCAACCGCACCGAGUCCCUGCGGUACCGGGGGGGCUUUUGGGGGUUUCAGGGCGCGUCCCCCUGGAAGGGGCUGGUCCCGGCUGAGCCCCCCCGGACUGAGAGGGCCCCCCCGGGGCAGCUCCAGCUCUACCGAGGCCCCGACCCCCCCGAACCCCGAAUUUUGGCCGCCAUCGACCGCAGGGACGACACUUUCUACGUGGUCUCCUUCCGAAGGGAUCAUCUCCUGCUCCCUGCCCGGAGCCACAACAAAACCUCGCGACCCAAAAUGUCCCUGGUGAUGCCGGCGGCGGCGCUCAACGACUCCCUGCGGGGGCUGCAGGCCAUGAUGCAGGUGGACUGCGAGGUGAUUGACACGCGCGUCAUCCACGUGCGGCGCCGCCGGGCCCCGCCCACCGCGCGGGCCACGCCCCCUCACCGCCCCUGA